CCUGCAUGGUGAACUAUUAAAAUAUAUAUACAUAUUGCCUUACAAUUAAAUUGAUCAGUAAAUUAUAUUACUAAACAGCAUUUGCCAAAUAUCCUCUAAAUUAUAGUUUCGUUGUCAGGUAUAUUGAGAAUGAAUGCAAACUUAUACCCAGCCAGGCAGUGGGCUGUUUAUCUUCCCCAUCCAGACACUCACAUACGCACAGCAGACUCCCCCACUAUCUGCAGUCACACACUCCCCAUCACGUGGAUCUGCGAUUAAAAACAUUGGUCUGCUAUAUAGAAAUCAUGAGAAAUAAAUAGAGCAUGAUUAGGGCGUGGUUUAAUCUCCUUUUAUAGGACGGUGAUUCAGCCAAUAAAUGAAAUGCGUGAUUCAUAAAUCUGUUACAAAUCAAAUCAUGCAUCAGCACGUUGGACUAGUGACAUCCAACAGCUGCACAUUUUAUUCUAAAAAAAGUAUAUUAUCAGCUUUAAUAUUAGACUUUGAUAAUUAGAUUGUGCUACAUUUUAAUAUAAACUUGGCGUAACGUUCCUCAGGUUUUCUGAAACAGUUUUACAUAUUCAUAUAUAAUAUUAAUUUAACCUAAACAGCUCUUUGUCUCUAAACGUAUACAGCUCUAUAAACAAUUAAGAGACCACUUCAGUUUCUGAAUCAGUUUUUCUGAUUUUGCUAUUUAAAGAUGUAUGUUUCAGUAAAAUAACCAUUGCUGUUUUUUUCUCUAAACUACGGAAACAUUUCUCCCAAAUUCCAAAUAAGAAUAUUGGCUGAAAUAACAAAAAGAUGCAGAGCUUUUAGAUUCAUAUUCAUAAAGUUUUAAGAGUUCAGAAAUCAAUAUUUGGUGGAAUAACCCUGGUUUUUAAUCACAUACACAUCUUGGCAUGUUCUUCUCCCCCAGUCUUACACACAGCUUUUGAAUAAAUUUUUGCCACUCCUGGUGCAAAAAUUCAAACAGCUUUGUUUGAUGUCUUGUGUUCAUCCAUCUUGCUCUUGAUUAUAAGGUUUUCAACUUGACAAAAUGAAAGAAACCCAUAAUUUUUAAUUGGUCUUUUAUGUUUUCCAGAGCUGUGAUGAUUUUAGAUUUUUUUUCUGUUUUCUGUUUUAAUUAACUUGUUCCUUUAAGCAUGAAAAUGCUUCAAAUAGGCCUAUCAUGUGAAAUAGGCCGUUUUAUUUCUUAUUUUAGUUUUUGGAAAAAUGUUGACAUUGUCUUAUUCCAAACACAUUCAUAUUUGCCAGUGUUAAAUCCACAUGUUUAUAGCACAUUUUAUUUGCUUCCAAAUGCGUUCAUGACCAUUCAACACACCAUUUCUGACAUAUAAAAUCCGCUGUUGUACAAGUAAUUAACGAACGUAAUUCGCCUUCGCCUUCAACCUUUUUGCUUUUCCUUCCAGCUUGUAUUUUUACACCAUAUAAAGAUACUGUCGGCUAAGUUAAUGUAAUUAUUUUUUUGUUAUCCAAAUGUAAAUACUAAAUGUGUUUGUGUAGUAUUUGCAGUAUAAAUAUGCAUUUGUUCAUGCGUUUGUGAUGUAUUUGCGUACACUCUCCAGUUUACAGUCCAAAUCUGAAAAACAGAAUGAAAAAAAAUUGGGGAAACAAUCAGUGGCAUCACGCCAAAGCUCGAAUGUUCUCUGGCAGUGGUUCAAUCUGGUACGUAGUUUGGGCUCCUAUCUUGGGUGUGACCCCAGUAGGACAAACCCAUAAAAGGAGAGCCGGUAACUCAACCAUCGCUAUUGCCAUCAGCAUCAAUCCAAAAUGAGCCUCUCCGCAAAGGACAAGAGCCUUGUCAAGAGCUUCUGGGCUAAGGUCGCCCCAAAAGCUGACGCGAUCGGCCACGAUGCCCUGGCCAGAAUGCUCUCGGUCUACCCUCAGACCAAAACCUACUUCUCCCACUGGCCAGACAUGAGCGCUGGCUCUACCCCCGUGAAGAACCACGGAAAGAAGAUCAUGGGAGGUCUGGCCGAGGCCGUGGCCAAAAUCGAUGACCUGGUCGGAGGUCUGCUCACCCUCAGCGAGCUGCACGCCUUCCAGAUGAGAGUGGACCCUGCUAACUUCAAGAUCCUCUCCCACAACAUCCUCGUGGUGCUGGCAGUCAAUUACCCCAACGACCUCACCCCCGAGGUGCACCUGGCUGUGGAGAAGUUCCUCGCUAACGUGGCUCUGGCUAUGUCGGACAAAUAUAGAUAAAUAUUUCCACACAUUUGGGGGGAGCAGUGGUCGACCCACCAGACAAACUUUAUGGCUUGAUGAGCUGAAAUAAAGAGUACUCGGUCUGGAGAAACGUUU